GUGUUCUUCACAUUGAGGAGUGAGGAGUGGUGGGCGGGGUUGGACAAGGUGGUUGAUGUGAUGGAGCCCGUGUUCGGCCUCUUGAGAGGCGGAUGGAUCAGGACGGUACCGGUCCCACAAAUCUUGUCGAGUAUGACGACAUGAUAGAAAGGAAGCUUAGCCAUGUCCUUCUUACGGUGGAGCAGCGGGCGAGCGUGAUGGAGAAAGUCAAAGAUCGCAUGAAGAUGAUGCGGCAGCCCGCCCACGCUGCAGCCUUUCUUUUGGACCCGCGCAGGACAGAACCGAGGUGGUUGCAUGACCAAGACAGUGCGCUUGUGCAGAAUACCAUGCGCUUUCUCUCGAGGCAGGUUGGAGGUGAAUGGAAAGGGCAAGCGCACCUUGACAUUUGGAGUGACCUAAAUGAGUUCCACACCAAACCUACAAGGAACGGUCCGAAAAGGAAUGACACGAAGAUGUGGGACCCCACAGCGAAGGCGGAUGUUGACAAGAAGACACCGUCAGAAUGGUGGGCAGCACACGGUGGCGACUUGCCCGAAUUGCAGAAGGUUGCGAUCAAGAGGAACAAGUUGUCACCAGAAAGCUUGGCGAAGCUAGUGUACAUACACUGGAACAUGCAGCUACUGCGUGUUCCGGAGACUAACAACAACGGAUUUGUGGACUUGUGGUAUGACUUCGUCGAGCCCGCCCCGGAUCCUGAAGAGAACGAUGGAUCGGUGUCGAAGGGGCCCGAGGUUGAGGCUGAGAAGACUGAGGAGGAGCUUGUGCGGGAACGGAGGCUCACAAAGACUCCGAAGGGAAGGGUUCCAAAAAAUCUCAAGGACAAGGACGAAGAGCUCACGGAUGACAGUGAUUUGGAUGACGAGCUGUGGAAGGGGAAGUGCGGAUUGUCGGAGGACUCGAGUGGCAGCGAAGAGGAUGACGACGAUGACUCCUAUUUCGAGCUACGACCGGAGUCGUCCGUCACCGGCACGACGUACUUCGCACGGCUAGACACGGAUGUUGAGAUGUUGCUGGAAACGAGGGUGGACGAAGAUGAGGAGGCUGCGAACCGUGCCAAGGCUAUGGAUGACCGGGAGACCGAACUCGUCAACAAACGUAUGAUGGAGGAGGAGGCCCGCCGUGCAGCUAUCCCGACCCGGAGAGAGAUCGAGAGAGGUCUUAAACAAGCCACGGAGCACCAACAGCAGAUCAAUCAGGCAUUGGAGGUUGAGGAAGAAGGAGAAGAGGAGGAGGAGGAGCACCAGGUUGAGGUGGGAGAUUACAUGGAACAGGAAGAAGAGGCGAAGGGCAUGGUGCAACCACAAGAGGGAGAGGAGAUGAAGCACCAAGAAGAAGAGGAAGGUACGGUGCAAGGCGGGGAGGAAGAGGAAAUGCAGCAGGAAGAGGAGGGGGAAGGAUUGGCGCAACAGAAGAUGCAGCACGACGAGGUCGAUACAGCCCGCGAAGACGAGCCCCAUCCCACAGCAACAGCAGUGUACACACGCAGGCCCCGGCCAGCGGAGUUUCCUGAGUCCGAGGAGAAGAUACCGGAAUUCCCCACAACGAGGGAGGAUGUCCAGCAUGACAACCUGUGGGUGAGCCGAGUGGGCAGGAAGAGAAAGGAGCCAUCACAGGACGCUCCUGCGCAGCGGAAACGUCCUCUCGCCGCGCCGGUUGUGCCACCUGCACUGGGAGCACCAUCGGCACAAGCACUCCCGCCGGCGGUCCUUGGAAGAACGACGGUGCCGGCGGUAUCGGCAACCAGACCCCCUCCAGUGGCAUCUGAUGCGUUGGCAUCCGUUGUUGCAGGGACCGGGGGCGAGGACACUCGACGUACCACCGCAUCGCUGGAGCGCCAGACGGUUUCUCCAUCGGAGCGUGGUAGUGUCUUUGAUGAGCUCGACACACAUCAGUUCAUCGACGGCGGUACAUGGGGCAGAAACCCGGGGACUUCGGUUGGCUUGCAUCCUUUGCUCACGAAUGCCGCGGCCAUAGCUUCGGGUCCAGCGGGAGCUCCUCUUGCGGCACACCGUGAAACGGCCGCGGCACGCACCGGCAUGCCAUUCAACUUCGUGAAGCUUGAAAGAUUCAGACAUGGUCCCGAGGGCCAUCAUCCCUCCUGGGGUCCCGAGGGCUCCAUGCCCAAACCGCCGACUUAUCACAUGGUCCGCACAACGUUGUUGGAUGAGCUGGAUGCCGAUGUCCAGCGGUGUGUAAAGCCGGUGCUCGAGACUUCGCGUCAGAGUGGUUGUACUAUCAUGACUGAUGGAUGGACAAACAUCCGUGGUCAGACAUUGUGCAACUACCUUGUCGGCACUGAAAGGGGACCCGCAUAUCUUGCCACAGAUGUUAUGCGCGGGAAGAAAGAUGUUGCGGCGUUGGCGAAGGCAUGGUUGCACAGGUUGAAGACCAUCGAUAUCCAGCUCAACGACAUCACGGCAUUCGUCACGGAUUCUGCGGGUGUGAACGUAUCCGCCAUGAAGAUAUUCCAAGAGGACGAAAGCGUCAAACAUAUCUUUUGGAUUCCCUGCGUGACACAUGUCAUGGACCUCAUCCUGGAGGACAUUGGGUCAAUUGGUUGGGUUGCGUCACACAUUGCUCAGGCGCGGCUUGUCACCAAAUUCUUCAAGCGCCACAGUCAUGCACGCGAGGCUUUGGAGGAGAAGACCAAGUUGAAGUUGUUGCUGCCCGUAGAGACAUGUUUCGGCACCAACGUCAUUAUGAUUCGGAGACUGUUGGAGUUGCAAGCCCAUCUCAUGCAGGUCGUCAUCGAGGAUCCGUGGCGCGACACUGUUUGGGCCACGCGGAAGGUCGGGCAGGACGCCGAGAUCACAACAUGUGCGGGAUCUCCACAUGCCACACAUGAGGAGAUGUGUGUGGCGAGGGAGCGCAUGCGCAGCGUUCCUCGCAUGGGCUCCGAGCGUCGCCUUGUGCAAUCGGACAAGAAAAGACGUGCACGCAUAAGGGCUCGUGGCGGGCGCGGCGGGCACUUGGGUCGUGGGCGAGGUGGCCGUGAGGGACGUGGGCAGGGUUCCGCGGCUGGGAUAUGUCCUCGCGGUGCGCAUUCUGCGGGGCGUGAUAAGGCAGCGGUCGACCUUGUUCGUUUUCCUCGACAAUGUUGGGACGAGGGAGAUUUUUUGUAUCUUAUCUCCUCUAGCGACGACGAGGAUUUCUUCUAUACCACCACACCGAUAGCGGGGAACGACAACGGCAGGCCAUGCGACAACAGGUGUGACGAUGACGACAAUGAUGGUGGAGCGGAUGACAGUCGUGGCCCUCAAUCAUCGAGACGAGCUGGUGGGAGAGGAGUUGUUGCACAGCGAGAGGCAGUUGGUGAUGGUGGAGGAGGAAACAAUCUCAAGUGUGGGGCCCAUCCAGGAGGCGACAACCUCGGAGUAGCGGUCAAGGAGACGGGUGACAACGCAGCUAUGGACGUCGAGCACCAUUCGGCCGUCGGUGUCGAUGACGGAGGAAGCAGGGGCGAACACGCGGGGAGUCGACCUCCGACGUUUGCAACGCGGGCCGAAGAAGAGUUCUAUUGCAGAUCUCGACCUCCGACGUUUGCAACGCGGGCCGAAGAAGAGUUCUAUUGCAGAUCGCGCGCGGCGAUGCCACGGGGCCCUCCGCCCCACUGUUCCUCCACGAGCCGCGGAGGUGCCUCUUGCCCAUGUUUCCGAGGACUCCAUCAGCGACGGUCUAGGAGAGGAGGGACACCCGUCACCUGGCGACGCAGCACAGGAGACACCUCUAGCUUGGCCGAGACCACGACGCGCCAUGGAGGUCUGCCGCACAUGAGGGACGGGCGAAGCUCCUCACAGCGCAGCCUCGCAGACUCUUUGGACGGAGUCUCUUCUGAUAGUGGCGCGCGACAUGAUGCGUCAUUCGUUGGACUUGGAGGCAAUCUGCCUGCAGGAGCAGCAUCACAUCCACUAGGUGGAGAGGGUCGACAUAGAGGACCUGAGAGCAGUGCGGGCCAUGCAGAGCCUGCGAACAACAUUCCAGCAGCUUCGUUGGUUGAUCGGCGCAUUGAUGACGGGCCCACCACGCGCAAACAUUCGGCAUCACCUGCUCUAGUGUUGCCACUAUCGUCAUUUUACGAUCGGGGGAGAGCAAGAGCAAUUGACGGUGCAGCUGCGGCAUGGAGGAGCGCAUGCGCUCCGACAGAUGUGCCCCUCGGGACGCGCUGUCGAGCGCAUCGGUCCCGCACGCGAACCCUCCCGGCCGCGUCACGCAGGAUUUUGCAGGACUUUGUCGCAGAGUGUUUUAGCCGCUCCGGCCGAGUGCGCCAGCCGUACCUCUCGCGAGCCCCUACGACAGGACAGGGUCAUGCGAGGCACCGCUUACCUCCACCUGCGGGAGCUGUCAACAUCCCUUAGGUGGGCGUAUCCCCGCCGAGCUACUGAACCACAUGCGAAAGCUUUUCAUAUGCAAUUGCAGAGGUGGCCCAGCCGAGGGCGUUUCUCGCUCGUUGUAGCAUAGGGGGUUACGCGCGGUUGAACGCCUGAAAAUCGAACCCACACGUGAAUCGACGUACUGGGGGGCUAAGGUCCCAAACGCGACUUGGCGCCGGUCGACUAGGACGCAUCACACACACCACGCGUUACACCACAACACUCACAUCUACCCACACAUAACACAUGGAAAAACACAAAACAAACACAACAUCACAAC